ACCAGCAGCUAAUAGGCACAGGAAAGAUUCUGCAAGAUUCUGGGGGUGGCUGAGCUGUACCUGCUUUUGUUAAUGGUACUGAAAGGAAGCCUCAGGAGAGAUGCCAGUGUUGAGCAGGUCCUGGGCGUCUGAGCUGGGCAGGAGGCUGGCCAUGAGAGAGGAGUCGUCCACAAGUUCGGCAUGUGCCCUCUCUGCACACCAGCAUGGGUCUCUGGUGCUGGAGCUUCCGGAGCUCAUCAAACAGAUAAAACUGGCCUGGAAAUCCAGACACAGUCUUCAAGGACCAAAGAAGCCAGGGAUUUUUGAGAACGAGGACAGUCUGUGUCAACCUCAAGGUGAUGGAAGACUAAGAGGGCAAACAGGGGUAUUGUCCGAACGUAGAGGGUCGUACCCAUUCAUCGACUUGCGACUGUUAAACACUACAGUUCACUCAGGUGAAAUCGGCACCAAGAAGAAGGUGAAGAGGCUCCUCAGCUUCCAGCGGUACUUCCAUGCUUCCAGACUGCUGCGGGGGAUCGUACCCCAAACCUCUCUGCACCUGCUAGACGAAGACUACCUGGGGCAAGCUGCGCACAUGCUGUCGAAGGUUGGAACAUGGAACUUUGAUAUUUUCCUGUUUGAUCGUCUCACCAAUGGCAAUAGUCUAGUCACACUUUUGUGUCAUCUAUUCAACGUCUAUGGACUUAUUCACCAUUUCCAGUUAGAUAUGGUCAAACUACAUAGGUUUCUCGGCAUGGUGCAGGAGGACUACCAUAGCCAGAACCCGUACCACAAUGCUGUCCAUGCUGCAGAUGUCACCCAGGCCAUGCACUGCUACCUGAAGGAGCCCAAGCUGGCAAGGCAUCUCACCCCGCUGGAUAUCUUUCUGGGGCUCAUGGCGGCUGCAGCCCACGACGUGGACCACCCGGGGGUGAAUCAGCCCUUUCUGAUCAAGACCAAACACCAUCUCGCCAGCUUGUACCAGAACACCUCAGUGCUGGAGAGUCACCAUUGGCGAUCCACAGUGGGAAUGCUACGGGAAUCAGGGCUGCUGUCACACCUGCCAGCUCACAUGACGCAGGACAUUGAGCAGCAGCUGGGCUCUCUCAUCCUGGCCACUGACAUCAGCAGACAAAAUGAGUUCCUGGGGCGCUUCAAAUCUCACCUGGACAACAACGACAUUAACCUGGAAGAUGCCGAGCAUCGACACUUUGUGCUUCAGAUCGCCCUCAAGUGUGCGGACAUCUGCAACCCCUGCCGUGUGUGGGAGCUGAGCCGUCAGUGGAGCGAGAGGGUCUGUGAAGAGUUCUACAGACAAGGCGACCUUGAGAGAAGCUGUGACCUUGAGAUCAGUCCCCUAUGCAACCAGCAGUCAGACACAGUCCCAGUCAUACAGAUAGGCUUCAUAACAUACAUUGUGGAGCCUCUGUUUGAGGAGUGGACGCGCUUUACGGAUGGCAGCCUCCUGACAGAGAGCAUGAUGGGACACCUGCGGAAGAACAAGUCACAGUGGCGCCAGCUGCGGCACAAGCAGCAGGAGCCAGCAGGGGACUGCCCAGGCCAGCCUCUGAGCAAAGAGCCGGAAGGAGGGGGCAUGGGGGUCCCGUAGAGACCCACCCCGGAACUCUGCUUUUCCUGUGGGAACUCUUUAUCUCUCCUCCCGGGAUCAGAACGGAGAGGACAGCCCCUGGCCUCUCUGCAUCCUGUGCCUGUGGCACGCACUGAAGACGUGCGAAAGAAGCCAAGCCAGCGAUAGGCCAGCCCAAUCUUUCAUUUACCUGUCUCUUCCCCCAACC